CCUUCCCUUCCUCCUCUCGGCCGGGUUGGUGUGUCUUCCUUCCGGCUUGCUGAAGAAAGUUGAGGGAGGUUCAGCGGUAACUGGGGCUUUACACAAUGGACAGCCAGGGAAGGAAAGUGGUGGUCUGUGACAAUGGAACCGGAUUUGUCAAGUGCGGCUAUGCAGGCUCCAACUUCCCAGAGCACAUCUUCCCUGCGCUUGUUGGGAGGCCCAUCAUUCGCUCAACAGCCAAAGUGGGAAACAUUGAGAUCAAGGACCUGAUGGUGGGAGAUGAGGCCAGUGAACUGCGCUCCAUGCUGGAGGUGAACUACCCCAUGGAGAACGGCAUUGUCAGGAACUGGGAUGACAUGAAACACCUGUGGGACUACACCUUUGGUCCAGAGAAGCUCAGCAUUGACUCCCGCAACUGCAAGAUCCUGCUGACCGAACCUCCAAUGAAUCCCACCAAGAACCGUGAGAAGAUCAUUGAGGUGAUGUUUGAGACCUAUCAGUUUGCAGGAGUCUACAUUGCUAUCCAGGCUGUGUUGACGCUGUAUGCCCAAGGCCUUCUCACCGGUGUGGUAGUGGACUCGGGCGAUGGUGUGACACACAUUUGUCCAGUCUAUGAGGGCUUCAGUCUGCCUCAUCUGACGAGACGCCUGGACAUUGCAGGCAGGGACAUCACUCGCUACCUCAUUAAGUUGCUGUUGCUGAGGGGUUAUGCCUUUAACCACUCUGCAGACUUUGAGACGGUGCGCAUGAUGAAGGAGAAGCUGUGCUAUGUGGGCUACAACAUCGAGCAGGAGCAGAAGCUGGCACUGGAGACCACCGUUCUGGUUGAAUCAUACACGCUGCCAGAUGGACGUGUGAUCAAGGUGGGAGGAGAGCGGUUUGAGGCCCCUGAGGCUCUGUUCCAGCCCCACCUCAUCAACGUGGAGGGUGUCGGAGUGGCUGAACUCCUCUUCAACACCAUCCAAGCAGCUGACAUCGACACCAGGCCUGAGUUCUACAAACACAUUGUGUUGUCGGGAGGAUCCACCAUGUACCCGGGCCUGCCGUCUCGGCUGGAGAGGGAACUCAAGCAGCUGUAUCUGGAGCGUGUGCUCAAGGGAGAUGUGGACAAGCUUUCGAAAUUUAAGAUCCGGAUUGAGGAUCCUCCUAGGCGAAAGCACAUGGUGUUCCUGGGCGGAGCCGUGCUGGCUGACAUCAUGAAGGACAAGGACAACUUCUGGCUUACCCGGGAGGAGUACCAGGAGAAAGGAGUUCGUGUGCUGGAAAAACUCGGAGUCACCGUCAGAUAAAGCACUGGACGGACAGAACACACACACGCAUACAACACAUUCACAGUACACACACAUUUCCCCUCUUGCCCACAUUGCAGAGUAUAUAUGUAUUUAUCCCUCCUCUUUGUUUUGGCUCAUUUUUCCUCAACCAUCAGAGGGAAGCAAGCCUUCACCACCUCCUCUAAUUCUUCCUCUCUUCUCUUCUGGUUGAGGAUUUGCUCACACUUUUCCUCUCAAGCCCCAAGAACUAAUUUCAUUUUUGCAGAUUUUUUUUCAGCAAAUUGGUUAGUUAAAAUCCAAAUUGAAGGGUUACUGCUGCCCUGGUGGUGCAUUUUCACCAAGUGCUGUUAGAAACGGUUAAAAGCACAGCAGGAUAUGAUCGCCUGAUUAUAUGUUUGUUGUGAAUGAAUUUGGAGGGUGAACCCACCAGCUAAAAGUCUAGUUUAGUUUCCUCCCUUUGUCCAACCUCUAGAGGGGAUCAAAAAAUGCAAAGUUUCAAAACUUGUAAUGACACAAUCACAGCCCAUCACAAAUAGCCACGGCCGCUUUCAGCAUCUGUUCCAGGUGAGCGCGUACUGAUCACAUUUUUAUGUCGGUUUUUAUAAAUGAUAUCAUAAAUUUUCUUUCCUGGGAGAGGGAUUACUUCUUGCUUUUUUUUUUUUUCUUUCUUUUUCUUUUGUUGGAUGUAUGAGUUCAAUUUAUAUCUUUAAAAUCUGAUAUUUUUUUCCAUUAACUUUUCUUUUGUUGCUGUGCACUACCACUGCUACUACCAUUGUAAAUGGGGUGUAUCGUGGUGACAGAAAUUCCUUUGUGGUUUUUUUUUUUUUUUUUUUUUUAUCAUAAAGAAUUGAUGGUUGAUUCAUAAAGGGACAAAUACACAAACUAAAAGCCCCUAAGCUUGACAUCGGAUGUGUGACGGUACUUUCGGGUUUAGUGGGUGGUGAAACAGUGAUGUGGGAGGGGAGGGGUUUACUAUUUGUUCUUCAUCAAACAGCCUCGCCUCUGCCCCCUCUCUGGAUGUAAAACCUUAAUGAAUGAAUGGAUGUAAACAGUUGCAGCAAUAUUUCAAACUGUGUUGACUCUCGUACCUUACAAGCUGCAUGCCGAAGCGUGGGGGCGGUUGUAGGUUAAGGAUCGGAUCUAUUUAAUUCAUGAAACUUGGAAAAAUAAAACAAUAUCUUAUAAAAGUUGAAUCGUUGUUGAGACCAUAUUUAAGUUCUCCAGUCUUUGACUCCCAGCGGUUGACUUAAUGUCACUGGAGGCACUUCUAUUUUGAGUAUGAUAAAUGUGUAUAUUUUUUUUUCUCUUCUUUCCAUGAACGUCUAUCCAGUGCCAAGUGCAGUUAAUAUUACUGGAUCUCAUGUUUUAAUGUCUUUCUUUUUGUCACUUUUUGAUUUUAUUUUCUUGUGUUGUUCAUAGCAUAACUGCCUAACGCUGAUUUAAAUAAAGAAAAGUGAUUUAUAAGGA